AUGACACUAAUCAACAUUUGGCUAACCAACCAACAUCAGUCUAAUCACCAUCAGGCUAACCAACAGAAGGCUAAUCGCCAUCAGGCUAACCAACAUCAGUCUAAUCACCAUCAGGCUAACCAACAGAAGGCUAAUCGCCAUCAGGCUAACCAACAGAAGGCUAAUCGCCAUCAGGCUAACCAACAGAAGGCUAAUCGCCAUCAGGCUAACCAACAGAAGGCUAAUCGCCAUCAGGCUAACCAACAGAAGGCUAAUCGCCAUCAGGCUAACCAACAGAAGGCUAAUCACCAUCAGGCUAUCCAACAGAAGGCUAAUCGCCAUCAGGCUAACCAACAGAAGGCUAAUCGCCAUCAGGCCAAUCAACAGAAGGCUAAUCGCCAUCAGGCUAACCAACAGAAGGCUAAUCGCCAUCAGGCUAACUGA